AUGUGUAUUUCAAAAACUUUAUCAAACUUCUUGAAUCUUUUGAUCUAUUCUGGAUAUAUUGGAAUGACUUAUACACUUUAUGAGUUAAUCGGUUCACAUUCUCUUAAUGGCUACAUGAAUCAGGCAGCCGGCUAUGGACUAAUCGUAAUGGGAUCACUCACACAACUGAUGAUUACAGCAAACCGAUUUCUUGUAGUCUACUUUUUCUGGAAUUAUAGAGGAACAGGAGGAGAUUUAUCCAAGUACAGUAAUCCUAUCACAAUAUUCUUUUUGUCGAUUUGUUGGAUGAUAUGUGUCUGGUUAUCCGUGUUGCCAGGAUUUUCAGAACAAUGUUUGAUGACUAUAAGUCUCGAGCAUAUUGGAUGGAGUGCAACUCAUUGUUCUAUCAAUUUUGGGUAUUUGAUGUUUGCCACGUUGUUGAAAAACCAAAGUCUCAGUUGCGAAAUGAGCAGAAGACGACAAAAGAACACAGUUCGGUUUUUCAUUCAAUCAUUAUGCCAGGACUGGAUAUAUGUCCUCCAAAUAUUCAUAUGCUACUAUGUUGUUCGCUGGUUUGAAAAGGACAGUCUGGGCUCAUUCAUGGCUGAAAUGGGGUUUGAUGUAUUGGUUCCGGUGGUGGAUGGACUGAUCAUGUUAUCAUUCAAUUUCCGUAACAAGAAAAUCAAUCCCAUCAUCAAAACAUCAGGAUCCAACUCGACGAAGGCAUGUGAGAGACCAGAUCCUGUUGUGUGA